UUGCAGACUUAAGCAGCAACAACAGAAGCUCCUCCCUUUCAGCACAUCUGGAACAGUGGAAGAGUGGAGCGGCACAUAUCCAACAACUCUGUGAGAGUCUUUUUGUAUCAGGAGAACGUCAUACACUUGGGCUAGUAAGAUAAUCUACCUUUCUCUUGCAUACCACAAGUGCAACUCCUCCACCUAACUUUGGACCGCUGGUUUCCUGAAUACAGCCCGGGUGCUGCAUUAACACUACUCAAACUUCAACCUGUCCAUCAUAACUGACUGACAGCACCUACUGACUGCAGGAUGCCAUUAGGAGGAGGAAACAAGUGUGGCCGCUGUGAGAAGACAGUUUACUUCGCUGAAGAGGCACUCUGUGACGGGCGGAGCUUCCACAAGUCCUGCUUCCUGUGCAUGGUGUGUGGGAAGAACUUGGACAGCACGACUGUUGCUGUUCAUUCGGAUGAAAUUUACUGCAAGGCAUGCUAUGGCAAGAAGUACGGACCAAAAGGCUAUGGCUAUGGCCAGGGAGCAGGGACCCUAAGCAUGGACAAGGGGGAGUCUCUGGGUAUUACACCUGAAGAACCUGCUCCUCAUCGCCCUACCAGCAACCCAAACCCGUCCAAGCUGGCUCAGAGGUUUGGAGGAUCAGAAAAGUGCCCUCGCUGUGGCAAAGCUGUCUACGCUGCUGAGAAAGUCAUUGGAGCCGGGAGCGCGUGGCAUAAGAUUGGAUGUUUCACCUGUUCCACGUGUGGGAAAAGCCUUGAGUCGACCACACUAGCUGACAAGGAUGGAGAAAUCUACUGCAAAGCCUGUUACGGCAAAAACUUUGGUCCCAAGGGAUUUGGAUACGGCCUUGGGGCUGGAGCGCUGGCGCACACUCAAUAGAGACCACUGAGCUCCAGGUUUCCAGUAUGCUGCACUCCUGUCUUCUUCCUGCAGAGGGCAGGCUGCUGCCAGGAAACAUUCACCUGGCAGACACACGCUUGAUACAAAGCUGCAUUAUAUAUUGUACAGUGGAAAAUAUAACACCAGUUUAGUCUCAUUGAGGCCAAAUCUGAUUACUAGUGCUGUUACAGUAAAUCAUGCUACAUAGGCCAAUCCACACUUAAUACUGAAACAUCUGUUUAACGAUGCAUUGUUGAUUUGCUCUGACUGAAUUUUUCAGUUUUUGUUGAUCACUUUGUUGCUAUUAUUACAGUUUUUUCUGUCGCUAUGGUAGCCUACUCUGCACACAACUGUGGUAAUAUUUCAAAAAACUUGGUACAAAAAACAUAACAGAAACAUCAAAAAGGACCUAUACAAGUACAUCUGACACUGAUCCACUUCAACAAAAACAUGUAGAAAGACAUGUUUCGCAUUUCAAUAAAUCAUGUUCAUACAAAAUACAUCCAGAAUGUUUGUUAAGAUUUUCUUCUCUAUUGUUAAAAUACCUUUUACCAUCACAAUGGUCAUUGAUCCUAAAUGAUCAUCACUGAACCAUUUGCUUAAUAUACAUGUAUGUAUUGUUGUUUUAUUUGCCUGAUAUAUCCAGGUUCAAAACUUCAGAUUCACCACUCUAAGGCGUGAGAUUUUAACUGUAUGUGACCUCAGGGGGAUUCAAACAUACAACCUUAGUGCAAGUAGCUUAUUGCUCAAUGUAACAAACAGAGCCACAAAGGACCACUGCAAUGAUUGCAGUAUGUAUAAUACAGUACUGUAAAAUACACUACAUGAUUACCAUCCAUAAUUACAUUGCUAAUUUCCCGUGGUGGUAAACUCAGUUGGUAACCAUUGACUGUGUAAAGGGUGUGGACACUAGCAAUUCCUUUCAACAAGGAGCAGAAUAGACAGCAAGACAGUGAAAUUGAUCAGAGCGCUUGUGCUCAGAGAGGUAGGGAAGGCCCCCGUCAGAGAGGACAGGCUCAGAGUUACAUUUGAUUAGACAAACUAUGUGUUGCAAUACAGUUAAAUACAGUAAAUGUUUGUUUCUUGCAUCAGUGAUUGUAGAGGAUGUCUUCAUUGAUCACAACUUGAUUACAUAUGGAAAUGAUGAAUUCUGUAAUUGUUGGGUAAUGUAAGUGUAUUUCCUAAUGUGAAAACGGUGUGUCUUUUACAGUAUACUGUAGCAUACUACUUUCAGCACUUCUGCUGGGUGAUUUGAAACAUGUAUCUUACAUUGUUUGUUAUUGGAUUCACUGGUAGAUAAAAGGACUAAACUGAAAAGAUAUAAUUAUGUUGUGUUUUGGUGAUUAAACCAUAUGUUUUCAUGACAUUGUACGAGAAACUUCUAUUUCUAAUCAAUGAGGUUUGAAUGAAAGACUGGCUGUGUUACAAGUGUGAUGAGUUUAUAGUUUUGUACAAAGAGUUGUGAACUUUUACCACAUACUAGCAAUAAUAGUUUCAAAGCGAUCCAGUUUUUUUAUUAUUAUAAAUAUGUGGUAAAAUUUCACAACUCUUAGUACAAAACUCUAAACUCAUUCAAAACUCGUGAUUGGUCAUUCAUUUGGAUUGUAAACAUCUCUCACCACACAACGAUUGAUUCAAUGUAUACGUUUUUCGUGAAAUGUCAUGAGAACAUUUUAAUCAUCGAAACACAACACAAUGAUAUCUUUUCAGUUUAGUCGUUUUAUCUAUCAGUGAAUCCAAUAACAAACAUUGCAAAAUAGGCUACAUGUAUGUACAUCAUCUUAGAAGUGCUGAAAGUAUAUGCUACAAUACUGUAAAAGACAGUACACAGUUUUUACAUUAGGCAAAAGACUUACAUUACCCAAUAUUUACAGAAUCUAUCAUUCCAUAACAUUUAUCCUAUUUGUAAUCAAUUUGUGAUCAAUGAAGAUAUCUUCUUCAAUCAUUGAUACAAGAAACAAACUUUUGCUGUAUUUUACAAUAAUGCAGCAUAUAGUUUUUGUCUAAUCUAAAUGUAACAACUAUAACCAUUAUGGAUUUUAAUUAUGUAGUGUAUUUUUACAGUAUUGUUUUGUACAUACAGUAAUCAUUGCAGUGGUCCUUUGUGGCUCUGUUUGUUAGAGCACUGAGUUACUAGCACUAAGGUUGUGGGUUUUAAUCCCACUGAGGUCACAUACAGUAAAAAUCUCACACCUGGUGAUUCUGAAGUUUUGAAUCCAAACAUAUCAGGCAAAUGAAGCAAUACUUAGGCCUACAUUAAGCAAAGGCUUCGGCCAUGAUCAAUUAGGAACAAUGAGCAGAGUGAUAGUAAAAGGUAUUUUAUUUUUGUUAGACUAAGUCAAUGUCAGAUGUACUUAUAGUUGUGAAAAACGACUGACUAAGAGUGGCAAAAUAUUACCGUGUGAAUGGUACCAGAGUGACAGAAAAAAACAGAUCCUUCCUUAUCCUCUUCUUAUUGUGAGGCUGUUUCUCUCUGCGCAAAUUAAAUCUCAGUAUCACAUUAACAAUAAUCUGUGUAAUAGAGUAAAUGCUGCUUGUUCAUAUGUUAUGCUUUCCAGACAGCAUGAUAUUAAAUAAAAUUGAAAGACAAUAA